AUGGAGCCUGUGUCAGUCCCCGUGCUGGUUGCUGGACUUGUUGAUUGUGUAGCCCAGUUAAUAAGAAUAGCUGAAGAGCUUUUACAGCUGAUUUCACAAGAACAGGUUCCUUGUGUAGAGCAAAAUGAUAGAGCAGAAGAGGUAGAAGUGGAUGCAUCUCCUCCUGAGGAAGGUUCGCUCCCAGACCUUGCUGAGCUCUCAGACUUAGAGUCAAUACUUACACCAAGAGAAGAUGAAGACCUAAUCCUUGACAUCGAUCAAGCGAUGUUAGACAUAGAAGAUUUAUAUGAAGAUGUACUCUCCAGUAUAAACAAUGACCUAAGAAGUGGUUAA